CUAAGUUAUUUAGCAGCUUUAAAAUAAAAUGCUGACCUUGAAAAACAUAUUUCAUAUUUCACUUUUGAUGCUUGCUAUAGGCAUCGAGAUUAACCAGGCAAAAGAAUGUAAAAUUCCUGAGAACAAUGAAGACAUCGACUGGGAUAAGGUUAAGGAUGACUGGUAUAUGGUGCUACACACCAAUGAUGAGAUCAUGAAAGAAGAUGUUAUAGGUGUAAGAUUACGGAAUAUCUCCAAUACAAAUGAAGGAAUGCGAAUAGUGAUUACUGAAUUACAUGAGAAUUCUCCUCCCCAAACCUUUACAAGCCAUAGGAUCAAACGAAGAGACGGCGUUUAUCAUAGGGAAAAGAGCGAAGAACCAGCUGCUUUGGCUUCACACACUCUAACACCAGAUGGAGGAACAAAUGAUAAAGCGAAAAAAAUAGAUGAUGCCUUAUUCAAUGGUGAUAUUCUGGCUCUAUGUGACAAAAAGAAUUUUUUGGUCAAUGCAUUCUGCAGUCUUUCAGAUGAAUGGGUUGUCUGGGUGGCAUUUCCAACCCUGAAUCCAACUAUUCAUCAAAUUAGUUUAAUGUGGAACAAACUCAUUGAGAAAGGAAUCAUUGUACAACUUUAUCCUUCCAAAACAGUUGAACAUCCAGAGUUGAUGGAAAGUUUGAAGUGACAAGAUCAUUCAAUACUGAGUUAUAACGAUGA